AUGGCUCCCAACGUAACAGGCUUCCACCCACCUACGUCUUCUCUUUCCUCUUCUCCCUCUUCUUUGGUUUCCGGGAAUGAACAACCAUCUUCUGUCGAGGGAGCUGCGCAGCCUGUGGAAGGCCCGCGGUCGGCGCCCGAAGCCCAUACAGAGUCUGCUGAGAAGGCCUCGGAGUCUCCCCGUGUCGCGAUUCGAACGGACUUGUCCCGUGUGGCAAAUGCCACCCUUCUGGGCGCCAAGGCAACCGCGCUGCGCGCCGUUGAAGACGCGAGGCGUGCAUGCAAACUUGCAGCAGCUGCUCGCGAGGAAGCAUCCAAAGCGGCCCACGCAGCGCGUCUCUGGAGGGACCCGAGUCUCUGCCCUGCAGGACCGUUGCUCGAAGGCGAAGCACGGAUGCCGCUCUCACAGUUGGAGGAAAGCGCAGAGCUCCUGCUCAGACUGAUCCGCACCGUAGUCUUCACGGACGCAGGCGGGUGUCAGGGAGAAGCGGCCGCGCUUGCGCUCCUCGCCAAGGCAAGCGCCGUCGUCAGACACGCCGAAAGGACCCGCCGCCGCGCAGACGAGGCGGCGGAGGAGGCGGCUUCCGCCCAGACGCGAGCGGCCCUCUUCACCCGCGAGGUGGAGGCAAGAGAGAAGAUGAAAGAGACGGUAGCAUGUGAAGAAGAAACGGACGGGAAGCCGGAAAGAGUCCCCGCGUUUACCUGCCGACCCGGUGGAACUGUGGCUCCCCGUGGGCUCGGAAGGAGGUGGCACAGCGAAUGGCACAAGCCUAUCGGAGAUGAAGACGCGAAACAGUUCCUGCCGUUGCAAAGAGAGGACGCGGGCCUUUCGGUCACCGAGUCUCGUGAAGCUUGCAGUCGAAGAGCACGUGGAAAGAGCACUCUGCUUCUUGGCCCUGUCGCCGCUGCCCGACUGAGAGCCGCUACCCUCCAGCUCGUUCCUGCGUCUCGCGAAAGUUCUGCGUUUGCUGCCGGCGGCUCUUCGGAUAGCCAAGACCCCGAGCAGACAGGCGGGCGAAGGAGACACGGGGCAAUUCUCGUCAGAUCAAGCGAGGUGACAGGCAUCGAUGAAAACGAGAAACGAAGACCAGACGACAAUACCGGCGAGGGAGAAAACGCGACUCCCGUGUUCCUGACCGUUGUCGACAGACAAACGAGCAGACGAGCCCGAGAGACAGAAGGCGGGAGAGAAAGGCGGGAGACCGCGUUCCCCGGAGAUGCAGCGCAGAGAGAAGGAGCGCGAAGAACGAGACGAAAAGGAAGAACGCAGUCGUGUUGGCUCGACGAAGGUCGAGGAAGGAGAGGAAAGACAGGAUUUGGAGACAAACGGGGACAAAGUGCAGAACAACGCUUGUCACGGGCUUCGGGACAGGGCGCGUCCCUCCAGCUCGCGUUGCCUCGCGCUCCAAGUGUAGAGGAAGUUCCCCACAUUUCUCCCGAGCGUUCUUCAUCGGCUGCGUCUCCACUCGCACGCAACUCGUCUCAGGUCCUCGUUUCCUCCACCUGGCCUCGAGGCCGGUUCGUUUCGGCCGUCAUCUCUCCCCAGGACCGUUUUUCCUCUGGGUGUGCUUCCUCCUGCCAAGGGCGGAACACCCUUUUUCACGCAUCGCCUGAUGAAAAAGGAAGGGAGCGAUCCGCUUGCGGAACGGAAGCGAGUCUGCGCUCUCUCUGUGUGGCUCGAUGCUCUUCGUCUUCUCACCCGCCGCCUCCGAGGAAGGGAACCCUCGAGCCUCGACUGUCUUCUCUCACGAAUGAAAGCACGAUAACCGCAUGCGCUGAACAAGGCUACUCCCCCUUUUUUCCUCCUUCGUACCCCUUUUCUUCUCCUUCUUCCGCCGCCGGAUUCCUUCCAUCAUCGUCUUCUCUCUCUCGUCCGAAGCGCUUUCUGCGACCCCACAGGGCCAUGAGCGCCCCAGGGGGACGAUGGAGGCCGGCGGAGGACGAGGCGAGACAGAGUAGACUGGUCUCUAUGAGGCCGACAGGUGGCAACACACUCGACAGGAAGAAAACUGAGAGGCAAAGAAAUCUGUGUAGCCGAUCUUAUUCGACAGCGUCCGAACGAUAUGGGUUUCACAGGGGCAGCCGGGGUGAGUUUGGCCACGGGGAGAAAGAACGAGACGGAGAAGGACAGAAAGAAGACAGAGAAGAACGGAGCGCGAGGUCGCGAGCUUCGUUUGGCGUGGAAGAUAGAGAAUAUCAAAGUUCUCAAGAUUCGUACAAACGACCUCUAAAAAACGAAAAGGCAAACAUUGCACGCCGUGUUCAGCGGGUGGCUGCGUUUCUCGAUCUCCUCCGAUGUCUACUUCCGGCUCUGAUUCACGAGCACAGUGAAGAAGAGAGACAAGAGGAGACGGGCACAUCAACACCUGCAGACAAGCUCUCUCAGCCACCGCAGCAAGAACGCUCUGGGAGUCUUUCUUCUCCGAAAAAGGUUAAAGAGCUGGAGCCCGGCCUUCCCGCUGUAUCGUCGUCCCUAGCGUCAUCGAACGCCGUCUCGUCGUCUCCUACCGCAGAGUCUCAAGGUCAGGCAGUUGAGCUGGAGAAAGCUGUAAGAGAGGAGACUAAACUCGAGGAAUGUGAUGCAUGCCCGACGUUCGCUCUUGGCUCUCCAGACCCUCGCGCUGUUGUAAAGCUCCUGACAUCUCGGCCGUUCGUUGCGACAUUCGGCGAGUUGCUCCACACCACACUGGCGCCUAUCCUUUUGCAAGAGGGGAACAAAGCGCCUGUAAGUGUGCCUAGUGGCGAUGAAGAAGGAAAUACCCGAGAAGAAGCGACACGAGGUGCCUCUGACCAUUCUCCAUCUUCCCUCGCUUGUCCAAGAGACGCUGGAAGCGCGUCGGGGGACGGCAAGGUGGAAGACGAGGCUGGAGACGAAAGACAGCAAGGAGGGGGGAUGGCGGAGAGAUCGGGAGAUGAAUGCAGAAGAGAGCGAAAAAGAAACGCAGCAGGGAAGGUUCGAUUCGCUACGGAGGACGACGCCUCGUUUUCGGGGGAAAGUGAUUCCAGCGCUUCAUGGGAAGUGGGCACAGCGGAACGUAGCCAGCUGCUUCGAGUUCCACUUGAGUCUUUGGCCGUCCCCAACAAAGGUCAAGGGGAGAGAGACACGGAGACCUGGUUACCGCGUAAAGAAGAAAAGACAGAACAGAAGGAAGAAAAGGAGAGCAAUUUGAUUCAGUUAAGAAGUGGAAAUAUUCGAGAAAAAACGGAGCCUCGAAAUUUCGUGUUUCUCGAUCGACACGCAGCUGCAGAAAAGGCAGCUAAAGAUGCGGCAACCCUUUCAGAGCAGCAAAAGAGGCUGGCAACCGUUCUAGACUCUCGUCGCACGGCGGAUGUGACCAAGGACUUGCUCAGUACAUUUUUCGUCGAUCCAGAAACGAGAUGUCUUCUUCCUCUCGCUGUUUCUGCACUCCUGCGCCUCCUCGCCAACGGCUUCGUCCUCGACAUCGAAAUCACAAAGCCCAUCCCCGCGCUUGUUCGCUGGCCUUCCAUUUUUCGAUCCUCUUGGGUGCAACUCCUUCAUCCGUUCGCUUCCCUUUCUUUGCGUCCUCUCUCGCAUAAAGCUGACAAACGACCACGACGCGUCUCGCUUGGCAGGAACGGAAGACAAACGGCAACGCACACAAAACUCGGAUCGGCGACGGAGCCGGAAAGGACGAAAACAAGGCAAACAACAAGCGAAACAGAAAGCGAAACAGAAAGCGAAAUAAAGAGGGAAAUGAAGAGAAAAACGGGACGUGAGACUGUGAAUGAGGGGGCGGGUGACAGAAGCGACGGAUCCCGGAACUGGGAGAAGGCGUCAAAGAGUCGAGAGCCGCCAGCCGGGGUUGGAGAGGGCGAGGCGCGGGAAGUCGAAGCUAGAAGAGUGCGAAAGCGUCAACAAAAGGAUGAAAGGGAUUCUCUGUCAAACGUCGCAGACGUAGGCAACAGAGGUGGUAGCCUCUGCGAGCUGAAAAGAAAGCGAAAUGUCUCAGCUCCACCCCCGCAGGUCCUCAAGGCCAUCCGACGUGAACUGGAGAGACACCCGGAGCGCUGGAAGGCGUCCCCACAGAAGUGGGUCUCCACACGACAGGGCGACUUUGAGACGGAAGCAGAGGGUGAAGAUCAUUCAAUUCGCACGGAAGAAAGCGAAGGGCAUGCACUGAAACGUACAGAAGAAGAGGGCAACGUCCCUUUGCCGCUUCCACGUUCGAGACCAUCUUCCUCGUUUCCCUGCAGUUCUCCUUCCUCCUCGAAAACGAAGAUCGCAACCCGUCUCGCUUCCGUCACCGUCUCUCACUCACCUGCUUCAUCCACAUCAGCGUUUUUCUCUGGCCGAGGAGGCGACAAAAGUCAGCCUGCUCGUGUCAAGAUGCCUGGGGAGGAGAAGGGAAUCGCUGCAAGAAGUACGAAAGGAUUAUCGAAACCAACUCGCCGCAUUUCCUUUGCCGUCGAUCCUGCGCAAAUCGCAGGUCCUCUGGUAUCUUCAUCAUCCUCUGUUUCGCCUCAUCCCACGUCUCUUAGCGCUGCCUUUUCUCCCUUGUCUCCUUCUGCGUCGGUUGUGUCUCCGUUUUCGGCCUUCCUGUCUCUGUCUCCUCAAGCGUCGUCCUCUGGGGAGGACGUGCCUUCUCAGGUGUCCAUGGUUGCUCCAGCUGCAGCGUCUUCUGCUUUGUCUUCUUCGGCUUCCUCCUGGACUGUCUUCAAGACCGAACUCCGGGACACAAUCAAGAGAAAAGCAUGUCUGGAUACAAGGUCGUCUUGUUCCUCGCCUUCUUCUUCUCUCUGCAGUCUUCGUUUCUGCUCUAGUGGGGACUUCGCCCCUGUCAGGAGAGACACCCGGGCCGGCCCAGCAUCAGGCAAGAGCUCUGGGCCGACUUCCGAGAGUUCAGAUAAAGUUUCGAAUGAAUUCGUGUGGCCGCGAGAACGCCAGACAGCCACGCUCGUAGAAGUGUCUCCGACUUCAGGAAACCAAACUGAAGCGAACGUCGGCCAGGCAGGAGGCACUGAUUCACGAGGUGCGAGGAGAAAGGAGACAGAAGAACGAACAAAUCCGGCAUCUAAAUGCGGAACAGUCUUCGGUGAGGAAGACAACAUCCGUGCUGUCUGGAGGCCUGGCGGGCUGGUCUUUCGCCUACGUGGUGUCGAAGCGAGGGAGGAAGAGCGGGGAGAUAAGGCGAAUGGAGAAGGGGAAAGCCACGGAGACAGAAAGACUCGUUCAUUGCCAGCUAAUCCGGAGGCAUUCGUCAUUGUCGAAGCGGGUGGCACGAACCUCUGGACGAAAAAGCCAGAGAAGAAGGAGGAGCCAGAGAAGGCAGCACGGGAGAGGGAGAAGAGGUGCAGAGUUGAGAGCUCUCAACUCUCGAGGGUCGGGGGACAGUGCACACGUCGCCUCAAAGAGCUUAGAGAACGGGGAGGGGAAGUCGCUAUUUCAGGCGUUUUGCCUGGAGCAGGAACUUUGGUGGAGAAGGACUCCGCGGAAGAACAAGAGAGAAGAAAAGUUCAAAGGCGCGAAAGGGAGCGCGAGGCGUUCACAAGAAAGUACAACACGGGACGGGGGGCUGCAGAUUAUGAAGGAAGCGACACGAGAGAUGGAGGGCAGGGCGAAAAGGGAGAAGAAACAGGGAAAGAGAGACGAGAGAAGGAAGCGGCAACCGACGGCGAGUGCGACGCGGAAAUACAAAGGACAGGGCAGACGAAGACCUCUGAGGGAAGCGCGAGAAAUAAGUGUGGCGAGAAAGAAGAGACGGAAACACAUUUGACAGAACGCAGCACUGUUGAUAAUUCGAAAGCGAAAAUCAGUGGACGAAGCCACAAACCAAAAAUGGAUCAAUUGCCAGACCGCAUUACAGAGAAAGGACAGGCAGGACAGGCGGCCGCGACCGCCACUAGAAGCAUUCAAGCUGCGUCUCGCCUCGUCGCCAUUCUCCGUGCCGACCCCAGCCGACCGCAUCCCGUCGAAGCGUGUCUUGUAUCACCAGCAUCUUCUCUUUCUUUUCAAUCUUCUUCUCUAUCGACUCGAAUUUCUCCAAGCUGUGAACCUCAAAUCCCUUCUUGCUCUUCUGCUGACUCUGGCUCUCCUUACUCUUCCUCUCGGUUUUCGUCCUCUUUGGGUGCUUGUCUGUCCCUGCGUCGUUCAGAACCAAGGUCCGGCGUCGGCGUUUUACCGUCUUCCUCUUCUCUCACAUCUCAGUUUCCUAGUUCAUUCCGAUCACCUUCCACCGCGUUUCGGUGCGCAUCUGAUCUGUCGCCGGAUCCGCAUUCGCCCCCUGUUUCCCUUAUGCUUGUUCGCUCCUCAGCGUCCGAUGCAUCUUCGCCGCCUCCGCGCACGAUGUCUGCAUCUUCCAUCUUGUUCUCUCGAAUCCCCAAAAGCACAUUUGUCAACGGGCCUUCUUCUCCCCUGCAGUCUUCUACGCUUGUCUCUCGAAGUCCCAAUUCCACAUCGAUCUCGUUACUCGCAGCUGCCUCAUCCUCAAGUUCUUCUCGCGUUGCAGAUGUUUCCAACCACCCCGCGUGUCUUUCCAACAGUUUCACUCGAUUCUCAGCUUCCCGUCAAGUCUCGUCUUCUCUUUCUGUUGUCUCAGCUUCGUCUCGGCUGUGCAGUGGUCAGGCGUCACAUGGACAGUUGUUAUCUGCUCCCGGAUCUCCGCCUGUGCUUGCGUCUUCUGCUUCUCUUUCUUCGCCUCCCGCCUGCACCGCUCCUCGUGCUUCGAGUGCGGGACAUUUUUCUUUCGAACUCAAGCGGCAACUUGAGGAAGAAGAACAGCUGGCGAGACCCAGGAGACCUCAGCCAGUUUCUGCAGGGUCCCGAGAACAUUCAACCGAGACGCACGUUUGGGGCGGGACCAGGGUCGUCCCAGUCACUUCUAACGGGUCCCUGCGUCUCAAGAGGAACUUCUAGAAGAAUGAUGCACUUGCAGGCGAAAGGAAG